GUUGCACUCGUAUUUCCAUUCAAUCUGAACGUGUUUUUUAUUUAUUCGAUUACAUCGAGGUGUUUCUUGUGUUUUAUUCAUCAUUUUAUAGCAUAUUUGCAAAACAAACCCUUUUUUUGAUAUGAAUAGAUAAAAUUGUGCCUUGAAACAAAGAAUAUUGCCACAUAAAACCGAAAGAAAAAGUGCAUUAAAUAUGAAGAAAUAAUAAAUGCAGUAAAUGAAUAAAAAAAAAGUUGAAUAAUAAAAAUAGCCCACAGAAAGUGCAUACAUGGGGAUUUAUUAUUUAUAAAGGAUUCAACGCACCUUGCAUCGUGUCUAAAGAUCUUAAAGCUAGUAUUGGACUUCAAAUUAUUUAGCUUUCGACAACAUUUUUGACACGUGAAAUAAUCACCUGAUAGCAGCUCAAAUCGAGCAUUGGUGUGAGACGAACAUACAAACCAUUAGAUAGUUAAAUAUUAUUCAGUGACAGAAUCAACAUCGAAAACUAGACCAACAGGAAGCAUCAACGAGUCAAAUUGUGAUAAGAAGUUUUCUCAACAACAUCGUCAUCAUGAAGGGCGUCAUUUUAUCGUCUGUUUUCGUUCUUAUCACUUUCCUUCUAAUCGCUCGAAAUGUCUGUCAUGCAUGGACAUUUUCUGUUCUUCCAAAUCGAGUUAUAGAUUACGAAUUAAGCAGUCCGACUUUCUUCGGUAAUGGAAGCGAUUAUUUCAAAAUCCUAUCUAUGAACGAUAAUUCAGUGCUUAUUGGUGCCAAGAACAAUGUUUACAACUUAAGCUUAACAAGAUUAAACGAGAAUCGCGAUAAUCGCAUUGAAUGGACAUCAUCAGAAGCUCAUCGUGAAAUGUGUUUGCUUAAAGGAAAGAACAAUUCCGAUUGUCAGAAUUACAUUCGCAUCUAUGCACGUGUGUCUGAACGACAAAUAAUGCUUUGUGGAACAAAUAGCUUUAAGCCGAUGUGCCGCUACUAUAAACUGAAUCCAAUAAGUGACAAUGGCUCGACUUAUGAAAUGCUUCAAGAGUUUGAAGGCGAAGCUAUAAGUCCUUAUUCACCUACACAGAACAAUACUUACAUUCAUACCGACUUAGAUGAAUUAUAUGCUGCAACGUCGGUUGGAUUUGCUGGUGCACAACAACUCAUCUUUCGUCAACGAUUGUUAAGUCCACAAUCGAACACACAAACACUUCGCACUGAUUUUCGCAAUGACAUUCUAAAUCAAGCAUCGUUUGUUAAUGCGGUUGAAUACAACGGUUACAUUAUGUUCUUCUUCCGUGAACAAGCGAUCGAGUAUCAGAAUUGUGGCAAAUCGAUGUAUUCGCGUGUCGCUCGUGUUUGUAAGAAUGACAAGGGCGGUUCUCAUCCGUUUCACGAUCGAUUCUCAUCAUUUUUAAAGACACGUUUGAACUGUUCGAUGCCGGGUGAAUAUCCGUUCUAUUUCGAUGAAUUACAAGCAACGAGUGAAGUGAUUGAUGGCAUUUACGGAAACGACCGUGACGCUUUAAUCUAUACUGUAAUGAAUACCAACGAUAAUGCUAUCGAUGGAUCAGCAAUUUGUGUUUAUUCAAUGAAUUCGAUUCUUGAAGCAUUUCAAGGAAAGUUUAAAAAUCAACGUGAUGUUAAUUCAGUAUGGCGCGCACUUGACGAUACAGAAGUUCCUGCUUCACCUUCCAGACCUGGACAAUGUGUUGAUGAUUCACGAACACUUCCAAGUUCAACAAUUAAUUUCAUAUUAAAGAAUCCAUUGAUGGAUGGUGCUGUUAAUCCAAUUCACGAGUCACCUUUGUUGGUACACACAGGUUCAAACUACAAGUUCACAUCAAUUGCAAUCGAUUCGCAAGUUGAAACAAUGAGCGGAAAAAGCUACGAUGUGAUCUUUAUUGGAACUGAUAAUGGUCAUGUGUUGAAAUUAAUUAAUGUUGGUUCAGCUGAAUCAUUGAAUGGUAACAAGCCGAUUGUUGUCAGCGAACAACAAGUUCUUCCAAUUGGAACCAGAAUUAAAGAAUUGAAAAUCUCACGUGCGACACAAAAGCUGAUUGUCGUGUCAGAUAAUUUUGUACGUUCAAUUCCACUUCACAAUUGUUCGGGACUUCAUCAAUGCUCAGAUUGUGUUGGCUCUCGUGAUCCAUACUGCGUUUGGGACAAUAUCAAUCGUGAAUGUAUCUUUUACAAUCGUACGACGAUGUCAAGAAACGCUGGAAUGUACAUUGAGUCGAUUGAUGGUAAAAACGAUGAUGUCUGUGGCGAUGGAGUAAUUCCAACCAUUAAAAUGAAUCAUCAUGCGAAAAUCAAUAGUGGACAAACCCACGGAACGGUGUCGUCCUUUGGAAAGAAUCCGCUACCAAUUGACGGUAGUGAAAACAAUGAAGAAGAAGAACUCAUGAAGAAUCAUAAAUACUACAGCGUCGGCGUACUGCAAGCACCUUCAUCGCAAAGCACAUCGGAAUAUUUUGAGCCACAAAUUCAAACAUCAAGUGCUUCGAUUGUUGCAUUGUUUGCGAUUGCUGCAUUGAUUUUUGGUGUCAUUAUGGGAUUUACACUUUCGAAAUGUGUUUCUUUAAGGAAUGACAGCGCUCGAAGUCCAUUUCUAAGUAAUGACAGUCAUCAUCGGAAUCAUUUAGGAUGGCAAGCAAAUCCUAAUAAGCAUUUACUUCAAUUGCCAACAAUGAAUAAUGGCGGUAAAGACAUUAAUCUUCUCAUGAACACUAAUUCAAGUACAAUUAAUAAUAUUAAUAAGAAAGAUAACUUAGAGUUAGAGUUUUCACUUGGCAGCAAAGAUCGGACGCAUGAGUGCAAGAAUUCAAAUGAAAGUCUUGACAAAGAAACAUGCAAAUCAGCCGUGAUAUCGGCAUCGGGUGGGACGCUGCAGAAGGUUAAGAAAACAUACAUUUGAGAGAUCAAAUGAAUUUAAUUUAGGAAACAAAAGUCUUUUUUUUUAUACAUAAAUAAAACGUAAUUUAAACUUCACGAAGCUUGAUUGCAUAAUCAUAACAAAGACGAAUCGAGAUCAUAAUUGAGUAAGCAAGCGAAUAACAUCAGCUAGAUUUACAAUUUACGUCUCCGAUUCCAUGAGCUUCUGAUCACAAACAUUUCCAUUGAACGCGUGUGUAAACAAUUUUGUGCAGAAUUGUAAAAGAGAUUAGAUAAGAGUGUGAAAGAACAGUGAGGAAUGCUGCAAUAGCUUAGUUAGGCAAUAAUUUACAAUCAUAAAUAUCUUUUCAUGCAUAGAUUAUAUUAAUCUAGACUUUUAUAACAUUUUUUGGCACUCGAUCAUCAACAAAAAAAAAUCAUUUUAGGGUGCAAAAAAGAAAGAAGAAAACAAAAAACUUUUCCAUUUUACAAAAGCGAUUUUAUUUUAUUAUUUUUGGAGUUAUUGUCGAAAGUUGAUUAAUUAACUGAUAUUGAAAGCUUUAGAUUAAGAAGAAUAAUGAAAUGAUUUUAACAGUAGAUAUGUGAAUGGAUAUUUUUAUGAAUUAUGAUUCGACUGAUGAAAAGGAGAUAAAUGAUGAAUAAGAAAGAUAGAAAGCUUCCCAAAAUUAUUUAUAAUGUAGAGAAAUGUGAGAUGACAUUUGAUGACAAAUAUGUUGGCUGGUUAGUGAGAAGAUGAAAGAAAGGAAUAAACCUUUUAAGGUUGACAAUUUGCCUGAAGUCGCCAUUAAAUCUUCAUGUGCUUGUUUGCGAUUACGAUCGGACACCAGUUGGAGGAUGUUGCACGCAACUCUCCAUGAACUGUGAUAUAAGUUUAGAAAUUUUGAUGAACAAACAGCACGGAAGAUAGAAAGAAGAAGAAAGAAAUAAUCAUGACAAGGAAAAAAAACAUAUUUGAAUAAUGUGCCUAUAAAAUAUCUUUUGUUUUAAUAAAUGAAACAUGUAAAAUAAACAGUGAAAUGCCUUCAGCUGAUAACAGCAUAAAAUCAUUUAAAACAUUGCAUAUCCACCGAAAAUACAAACUCAAAUUCAGCUAAAAAUUAUUGCAUUUCAAGUUGAAAAUUUCUUUUUUUAUCAUGAUAAGCUUUAAAAAGCACUGCAACGCCCUUUUGUAUUCGUAAUAAGAAAUUUAUUCUGUCCAAGCAAAAAGUAUGAUUUUUAUAAUUUUAAUUCUAUAGCUAAGCUUAUUUUAUGUAAACCUAAAUUUUGUCAGCUCUUCUGAUUAUCCAUCAUCGUAAUGAUUAUAAGAUAUGAGCAAAAUAAAAUUAUUAAAAAUUAA